UAGUGUGCGGUUGAUCCGCUCGAAUGCACGCGUGUCGCUUUGGCUUUGUCGACGUUGCCUAUUUGGUGACGUAACAACAUCCGGGUUGUGUGGGGAAACAUGGAGGACGUGGACGAGAUAAAUAAACCCCUGUUUGCAGGGUUGUCGGACGUGUCGAUAGCGGACGAUAUCCCAGUGGAAGGUGAUAUCACCGUGCCCAUGAGCUCACCGAGUGUAAACGAUGAGAUCUCCACCCUGGAUGAACCUGUGAAGGACACCAUCCUGAGGGAUUUGAAGGCAGUAGGUCAGAAGUUUAUGCACGUGAUGUACCCAAAGAAAAGCUCAGCUUUACUGCGAGACUGGGAUUUGUGGGGACCUUUGCUGCUGUGUGUUGCUCUGGCAUUGAUGCUGCAGGGUGGUGCUGCAGACAGUAAGGAUGACGGUGGUCCUCAGUUUGCUGAAGUCUUUGUCAUCAUCUGGUUCGGUUCAAUUGUCAUCACCAUCAACUCCAAACUGCUGGGAGGAACCAUAUCAUUCUUCCAGAGCCUGUGUGUGUUAGGUUACUGUAUCCUCCCCUUGACGGCAGCCAUGUUGGUUUGUCGUCUCGUCCUACUCGGCUCCAAUGGAUUGGUCAGCUUCAUUGUUCGGCUUGUGGUCGUCACUGCCUCCUUCGGGUGGUCAACGUUUGCCUCCACAGCAUUCCUUGCUGACAGCCAGCCACCCAAUCGGAAAGCUCUGGUCGUUUACCCGGUUUUCCUCUUCUACUUCGUGAUUGGCUGGAUGAUCCUGACCUUCUCUGCUUCAUCGUAACACUCACUCGCUCUCCACCAAUCAGUCGAGGGACAGAACCCAAAGCCCCUCCCUCCCUUCCCUUACUGUCAUGUUGACCAGGAGGAUGGACCUGAUAUUUUGGGUGCAACGUUUCCCAAAAAAAAUUUUUUUUAUAAUAAUAAUAAUAAAUAAAGGGAAAUGGAAUGUGGAGGGCUGGAGAGAGAAAAGAGAGAGAGAGUGAGCGCGCAGCAAACUAUUUUGUACUCUUAACACAAUUCCGUUCGGUUUUCAUAUACAUCAGCAGGAUUGCGCGUGUGUGUGUGUGUGCGUGCACAGUAUGUUAAUGUGUCUGUCCUGAUUCAGUAAUAUUCACUCCUAAUAAAAACAUAAUUAUUUAAUUUAAUUAAAUCCUUUAGUUCUGAAAAGAAAUAUGAAUCAGCUUGUUUCAUGAAUAUUAAUGAGUGGGGCGGGGCCUGGUUCUGUAUGUGUUUAUGGGUUUCUGUUUAUUUGGAGAGGUUGUGGUGAUGUAGGAUUAAUUCCAACCGAGAUUGUGUACUUGUCACGUUCUGAAGGUGUUUAUAAGAGUGAGACAGUGACUGCUGGGGUGUGUUACCGAAAACGUUCGUUCUCUGAGGUCGUAUCUGAGUUUUAAUAAUAAGCUUAAAAAAAAAAAAUUACGUCAAAAAAUAAAUUCAGACAGAUGCUAUUAGACUCGUGUGUUUUGACAUCGCCAUGAACUAGGGGGCGUGGCUUUGGGGGCGUGUCAGUAAGCAAACCUGGCGGAAUCAUUGGAUGCUGACGGUAAGGUCGUUGAAAUUGGAUGUUUACAUUUUUUUUUUUUAAAGUGACUUUCCUGCAUAAAAUAUGUCACGAUAACGUUUGCAACGGCUUCGUAAGUUGAUUUAAAAACAAAAAGAAAAAUACCUUCUGAUCAUUUUAACAUUGUUUUAGGACUUCUGCUACUCGCUGAAGUUAGUCUCUGAAGAGCGAUUCUCAGAAGCUCCGUUUCCCUCUGAGUGUUCGCUAGCUUCAUCUAGCUACAAGUUCAGUUCCUCACUAACUCGACUCUGAUCUGGACAUAGCGGGUGGCCCCUCCCCCUUUUUAAAUAGCCAAUAGCGUUUAGGUUACCUCAGCAGGUUAGUAGUAUGGAUGGUUAUAAUGUCAGGGGCGGGACGCUGCAGAGCCUACAGAGCGUUCGAUUGGACAGAAUCUGAUGAGUCGCUUGUGCAGAAUGAUGUCAUCGAACCUGGUAGAGAGAGUACAUUUGAAUGUGUAAAUCUUCUAAAUGCCAAUUUUGUCGUUUUGGAGUGCACGAGAUUAUCGAUCGCCUAAAGGUGAACGUGUUCGUAAUCAAAGCCACAAAAGUUACAUGUUGAUUUCUGCAGUUUGUGUUUUUAUGGCAUCAAAUGUAAGGCUUUGGGUUUAAAAUGUAAAAAAAGAAAAA